AAGACAACAGUAAGGUGCGGGGGCAAGGGUUUUGCUCUCUGUCGCUCCGAAGCGCCAAGAACCAUCGAGUCUACCCGGGCGUCGCUGUCCCAAGAACGAACGCCGCCAUUUUAGGCAUCGCCUCCAGAAGGACAAAAGGCCAUUCUCGGAAUCCAUCUCUCUUCUCUCCAGUCAUGCACGCCCCGGUCCUCGUCCUCAAAGAUUCUUUAAAACGGGAAUCUGGAAGUAAGGUGCACCAUGCCAACAUCCAAGCAUCUAAGGCUGUGGCUGACAUAAUCCGUACUACUUUGGGUCCUCGAUCUAUGUUGAAGAUGCUUCUUGAUGCUGGAGGAGGUAUUGUUGUUACUAAUGAUGGAAAUGCUAUCCUACGUGAGUUGGAUCUUGCCCAUCCAGCUGCUAAGUCAAUGAUUGAACUAAGCCGCACACAAGAUGAAGAAGUGGGGGAUGGCACAACAUCUGUCAUUGUUCUUGCUGGUGAAAUGCUUCAUGUUGCGCAAGCUUUCAUUGAAAAAAACUAUCAUCCUACAAUUAUCUGUCGAGCUUAUAAUAAAGCUCUCGAGGAUGCAAUAUCAGUUAUUGACAAGAUUGCAAUGCCCAUUGAUGUGAAUGAUCGUGCCACAACGCUGGGUCUGGUAAAAAGUUGUAUAGGUACAAAAUUUACCGGACAAUUUGGUGACCUAAUUGCUGAUCUUGCCAUUGAUUCUACCACAACAGUUGGUGUGGACCUUGGCCAAGGUGUGCGUGAGGUGGACAUCAAAAAGUAUAUAAAAAUUGAGAAGGUUCCUGGUGGCCAGUUGGAGGACUCUAAGGUUCUUAAAGGAGUUAUGAUUAACAAAGAUGUUGUUGCCCCUGGAAAAAUGAGAAGGAAAAUAUUGAACCCGCGUAUCAUUCUCCUUGACUGCCCCCUUGAGUAUAAGAAAGGAGAAAAUCAAACUAAUGCUGAGUUGGUAAAAGAAGAAGAUUGGGAAGUUUUGCUGAAGAUGGAAGAGGAAUAUAUAGAGAAUCUCUGUAUGCAGGUACUGAAGUUCAAACCUGACUUGGUUAUAACGGAAAAAGGGCUCAGCGAUCUUGCAUGCCAUUAUUUAAGCAAGGCUGGUGUCAGUGCUAUCCGAAGAUUGAGGAAGACAGACAACAAUAGGAUUGCUAAGGCUUGUGGAGCAGUGAUUGUAAAUAGGCCAGAGGAGCUUCAAGAAUCUGAUGUUGGAACAGGAGCUGGGCUAUUUGAGGUCAAGAAAUUUGGUGAUGAGUUCUUUGCAUUUGUUGUGGACUGCAAAGAUCCAAAAGCAUGUACUGUUCUUUUAAGAGGUGCAAGUAAGGAUCUCUUAAACGAGGUUGAGAGAAACUUGCAGGAUGCCAUGUCGGUAGCACGGAACAUAUUGAAAAACCCAAAACUCCUUCCUGGAGGUGGUGCCACGGAGUUAACAGUAUCUGCAGCAUUGAAACAGAAGAGUUCAUCAAUUGAAGGUAUUGAAAAGUGGCCCUAUGAAGCUGCUGCUGUAGCUUUUGAGGCUAUCCCACGAACCUUGGCUCAAAAUUGUGGGGUGAAUGUUAUUCGGACAAUGACUGCUCUCCAAGGAAAGCAUGCUAAUGAAGAAAAUGCAUGGGUUGGCAUUGAUGGAAACACGGGUGCCAUUGUUGAUAUGAAAGAGACAAAGAUAUGGGACUCUUACAAUGUUAAGGCACAAACAUUUAAGACAGCUAUUGAGGCUGCUUGCAUGAUUUUGAGGAUUGAUGAUAUUGUGAGUGGGAUAAAGAAAAAGCAGGCUCCUGGAGCUGGCCCAACCCCAUCAAAACCUAAGAUAGAGGAAGAAGGAGAUGCAGACAACGAGCAGAUACUUCCGGAGUAGAAUAUGAAAUUUGUUUAUUUGCUCACUGGAGUGUUUGAAUACCUGGGUGUGCGUGCUUGUUCUCUCAUCAGCAGAGAAGUUUUAUCAGGGAUCCAAUGGAGCAUUCAGUCAGGUGCCAUUUUGUUGACAAAUUUGUUUUCUUAGGUCAGUUUCACUCCUUGAGGACUACCAAGAUUGUCAUGUGUUGUUAUUUUGGAACCAAUGACAGUUCAUCUCAUCAUGGUUUGUUUACCACAGCUGGUUUGUUCGCCCAUCUGUUGGAAACCCCAGCAAGGAGCGUGUUGCGAUGCGAGGGCAGCAUAAGAACAUGUGGUUCUGUGUUUUGUUUUCAAUUCACCUGUGUAGAAUGAGACUUCAAAAAUUAUUCAACUGCCAUCAACUGAGUUUUAGUUGCGGAAGUGUUUUAGUUUUAACAAUGCUUACCUGAAAUUGUGUGAAACAUUUUGGUUUCUGGCAGGUAUGUGUGAGCCAGGUAUUUAGUUGAAAUCAUAUGGGUAAUGGAAGUCUUUCAUAAAAGAAA